GUGAGGCGUUCGCGGUGGAGAUUCGGGUCCUGACGGGCCGUGGUACACGUAGGGUCCCUCCUGAGCAUGUUUCUGUUUGUUUAAAGGGACCAUUCAUUACAGUCGACACACAACAAUGUAUUAGUUCCAGGUGCACGACAUGGGGAGUGUUUUUCCUCUUCCUCCUUUUCUCUUCCUCCCCUCAGGACACUCUGGUCUGUCUGACAGACUGCAUUUCAAUUUCCUUGUCAGAAUUUCUUUUCCUCUUAGUUUCUUAUAAAAUCGCAUCAUUGAGAUAUUUAAGAUCGAGUCAUAAAUACUCCGCAGAAAAGUAGCGUCGUUGUGUUUCUGUAUUGAAAUCUGUAUCAAAAUGUGUUUAAAAAGUUCCAAGUAUCCUGUCGGCUCCAGUUCCGUCUUCCAGCCACUGGCAGCUUUGAUGGAUCCGGACAAAAGCUGGGCCAGUAAUAAAAGUGAAAAUUCCGAAAGAUAAGGAUGGUAAACCAAAGCAGUUUGCAUUUGUGAAUUUCAAACACGAGGUGUCUGUUCCUUACGCAAUGAACCUGCUUAAUGGAAUCAAACUUUUUGGAAGGCCCAUCAAAAUUCAGUUUAGAUCAGGAAGUAGCCAUGCCUCACAGGAUGUUAGUGUGCCAUAUUCCCAGCAUCAUGUUGGAAACUUAAGCCCUACCUCUACAUCUCCUAGCAGAUAUGAAAGGACUGUGGAUAACAUGACACCAUCACCACAGAUAAUUCAGAGAUCUUUCUCUUCUCCAGAAAAUUUUCAGAGACAAGCAGUGAUGAACAGUGUUUUGAGACAGAUGUCAUAUGGUGGGAAAUUUGGUUCUCCACAUCAUGAUCAAUCAGGAUUUUCCCCAUCAGUUCAGUCACAUAAUCAUAGUUAUAAUCAAUCUUCAAGCUCCCAGUGGCGUCAAGAUACACCGUCAUCACAGCGUAAAGUGAGACAGACUUCUCAUCCCUAUACAGCAGACCGACACUAUAGCCGCGAACAGCGUUACUCAGAUCAUGGGUCUGACCAUCAUUACAGAGGAAACAGAGAUGAUUUCUUCUAUGAAGAUAGGAAUCACGAUGGCUGGAGCCAUGACCACGAUAACAGAAGAGACAGUAGUAGAGCUGGAAAGUGGCAUUCAUCUCGAAACUAACAAGUGUUCAAAGGACAUUGUUUUUAUAGGGUCAUUCUAGGCUCCUUUGAUUAAGUUGAUCUGGGAAUGUUUUGUUAAAACUGUACAGAGCAGUUUUACAAGUUGCCACGUUUCUUUAUAAAAUUUUUAAAAUCUAUAGGUAUAGUCUAAUACAGAAAUGAGAAUUGUGGUUCUAAUUUUUACAUUAAUAACCUUUCACCUCAGGGCUUCAUGAAGAGGAAAGGGUUUUAUGCAAAAGAAAGUGUCACAAUUCCUAAUCGUUUUUACAAAUUGAGGAAGGGAUGUAUUAUAUGGAUUGGUUGUAUUAUAAAGCAGAUAUUUUAAUGAUCUGUUAUCUAUUGUAUUGCAAGAACCUGGUUAUUAAGAAAACAACCUGCUUAUUAGUGAGUCACAUUUUGUGUAUAUAAUAGAAAACACUCAAGUUGGUAGUCUAAAGUAGUAUUUUGUUAAUGAGAAAAUGUAAUUUCAUUGAUUCAUUUUACUAACAUUUGAGAAAACUUACUGGUGAAGAUUGGGAAUAAAUCAUACUGUUUAACUACUUAGAGAACGUGAGUGUAAAUUCUGUGACAUGUGCUUUGAGUUUUACCCUAGUUGGACAUCAAGUGUAAAUAUACAAAAUCUACAUUUGCUAUUUCAUUCUAAAAUGUUAGAAUUUUCUCAUUAAAUCAUGUUUGACUGAAUAACUGGUCACUCAGGAAGUUAAUAUCUCUAAAUGUAUAUUUUUUAUAUUAAAAAUAGUGUUAGUGUAAGUCCCCCCCUUUUCAAGAAGAACAAAAAUGCAAAUGCACAGAUAUAAUAGUAAAAUGGUUUACUGAAAGUAUACUUGCCUGGGGAAGGUUCACAAGCCUUUAAGUGCUGCCUCUAUUACUCAAACUUUAAAAAUACUCAAUUUUCAGAGUGCCCAGGGCAUGUGUGCAAGGACACAUUUUAUUAUGGGAUUGUCUUUUUGUUUAAAAAUUUGGAGAGUUAAGUCUUAAACAUUUUCCGAUUUAAAAAUUUUUAAAUCUUGUUUAAUAAAACUUUUUAUGUAUCGAGAUGUUUUCCUUUCAUUGUAGAACUUGUUUAUAUAAAUUCAUUCCUCGAUAUAUUUAGAACCUUUUUAAUAACUACAGCAUUUGUACUAUGUUACUUUUUAAUAUAUUGAAAACAUAAAAA